AAGGCAACAGUCUACAGUUUCAAUUGCUUUAGCAAUGUGGCCAUUGUUGUUGCUUUUGCUUUGGCGGACCAGUGGCACGAGCAGCUGCACUCAAAACAGAUCGUCACCCUUUUCGCCAGAUGCAUCGCCCAUGCUCUACCGCCCUUUGGGUCAGUCUGGACUGCGAGUAUCGGCAAUCUCCUAUGGAGCUUGGCUCACAGUUUCCGAGACUGGUGCCGUAAACCUGGAAAAACACGUUGAAAUCCUGAAGGCUGCCAUUCGGUCUGGAAUCAACUUUAUAGACAAUGCUGAAGUGUAUGGCGCAUUUCCGGGAGAAUCGGAGUCCAUCAUGGGGCAGGCACUUCACCAGCUCUUGGAGUUGGGAGAGGUGCUGCGAUCUGACCUGGUGAUCUCAACGAAAAUCUUUGACGGCGGCAAUGGGGUGAACGAUCGAGGGCUCAGUCGGAAGCAUAUCGUCGAAGGGAUGCAAAGUGCUUUGCAUCGAAUGAGGCUCAGUUACGUGGAUUUGGUCUUUUGCCACAGGCCUGAUGUCACCACACCCAUGGAAGAGACAGUGCGUGCAAUGAAUCAUAUUGUCGACCGAGGUGGCGCAGACAAAGAACCAAUAAUCUUUUUUGGCAGUUGUUGGGUCCCCUUGCCCUGCUGGGCAUUUUACUGGGGGACCAGUGAGUGGUCAGCUGAGCAAAUCACACAUGCACAUGGUGUGGCGAUGCGCUUGGGAUUGCAAGGUCCACUGAUGGAGCAACCCUUGUACAACUUGUUCCACCGCGACAGGGUAGAGCGGGAAUACGCAUCCCUUUAUCGCACCCACGGCCUUGGCUUGACUGUGUAUUCCCCCUUGGCUGAAGGAAUCCUGGCAGGACGUUACAGCAAUGGAGUGCCUGCUGACAGCAGAGCAGCUUUGGUCGGCAGGAAAGAAAGUUUGGCCAAGCAAGACAAGCAGAUAGCUGCAGCAUUUGGGCUUCGGUCAAUUGCCGAAGAGAUGAACUGCUCAUUACCUCAACUUUCAUUGGCAUGGGUGCUGCACAAUCAGCAUGUAAGCACUGCAAUUAUUGGUGCUUCACGACCCUCCCAGAUUGUGGACAAUGUUGGUGCCAUUGCUUGCUUGUCCCGUUUUGCAGCUGACACUGUACAGAAGAUUGAGAAUGAAGUCUCUGGGGUUGGUGCAGCUGCUGAAAUGCGAUACGACAUCUCUGCCACAAUGGCUGCACGGAAGCUGGUUUCAGCAGGACGCGUUUGAUCGCGUUUGACAAG